AUGACGAAUUCUGACACAGAUGUGAAGCUAGAAAUGGUUGACGAAGGACUGGACAAUAUACCUGUCCAAGGUUCUCUGUCUUCACCAUAUCAACCAACUAGUGGAAACAUUGGAGAUCCCAACUUUAAUUCUCUCGAUGAACCUGUUAGAGACACUAUUAUGAGGGACAUUAAAGCAGUAUGCACCAAAUUUAAACAUGUAAUUCGUCCAUCUGAUAAGAAAUGUAUCCUAAAGGAUUGGGAUUUAUGGGGCCCUCUUUUUCUCUGCACUUUAAUGGCCAUGAUUUUACAAGGAGAUGAAAACAUAAAUGAUUUUCACGAUGGAGGACCUGAGUUUGCUGAGGUUUUUGUCAUCGUUUGGGUCGGAUCAGUGAUAGUUACUGUGAACUCGAAACUCCUUGGAGGAAAUAUAUCAUUCUUCCAGAGUGUAUGCGUCCUCGGAUAUUGUCUUCUACCAAUGGCUAUAGCAUUAAUAGGUUGUAAAGUUGUGCUGACAAUUCAGUACAGUUUUGUAAAUGGUCACUAUCCAAUUGUAUUCUAUACUUUAAGGUUUUGGAUAACGUUGUUUGCACUCCAUUGGACUUGUAAAGCCGUUUGGAAAUUCCUUGCAGACGUUCAUCCCAGCGAAAGGAGGGGUCUUGCGAUGUAUCCGAUUUUCUUAUUUUACAGUAUGAUGGGUUGGCUUGUUCUUUCCUAUUCCGUUUAA